AACAGUUGAAAUUUUCAGAUUCCCUUUUCAGAGGAUCAGGCGGGAGAUGUUUUUAUACCCGUAGCUUCGUCGGAAAGAUACAAAUUUCUCCGUCUUUCCUCGGUCAUUUUUGGACGUUUUUGUGUCCUGACCUGUCGUGUUGACUCUUUUGAGCCGAAAAGCUCCAGUGGACAAAAGAUGAGCCUGCUUUUGUCUGAGCGGCCUGCUGCGAUCCCCAAGGCAGAGAGUGAUUCAGACAGUGGAGUGGGUUCACCCAUGGAGGAAGCUGGGACGGAUGCCGCCACCGAUGUCAUUCAGACUGAAGAAGCUCAAGAUUCAGAUGAAGACGUUGUUGUGAACCGGAAGCCCCGUACACGAAAGGUCCUCCAGGACAGUGACAGUGAGCAGGAGGAAGAUGUAGAUGGGAUGGCGGAGGCUCUUGUGCUGUCCGAAUCCAACGGUGAGGGGACAAAUGGUGGUGAAGAAGAGCAGCCAAAAAAGAGCCGGGGAAAGAAGAUAACCCGCAUUGCCAUGGCUAGUGAUGAGAGUGAGCCAGAGCAAGAUGAGCAUCAAGGAAAAACUAAGGAAGAGACCAAAAAGAGAGGGAAGUCACAGCGACGCAAAGAGAAGGAGACGCGCAGAGGUGCUCUGGUGAAACAGCUGAAAGAGAAGAUGAGAACUUCCGAAGAGUCACCUUUGCCUAAGGUUCUCAAUGACAGUGGUUGUCUACUGGGUGAUAAUGACUUGUUUGAUGCUCAGCUGGAGGAGGAGGUAAUGGAGGAGGAGGACGAGGAAUCCCUGGAUGCCAUUCGAGCUGCUGUGAAAAAGAAAGCCAAGAACAAGCCCCAUUUAGAUGAAUCUGAAGAGGACGAAGGGCAGGAAGGCAAAUCCCAGCGCAAGGAGAGGAAAGCAGCGAGAGCGAGUAAGGAGGCAAUGAAACAGCUCCACAGUGACUGCCAGAGGAUUGUCAGAGAAUCUACAAUAGGGCUUCCAUACCAUAUGCCAGAGCCCAAAGGCAUAGACCAUUUCUUCAAGAGAAGAGUUCGUCCUGAUAGACCUGCUAUGGCAUUACUGAAAUCUCCCAAAUACCAGGCCUGUAUUGUAGAUGCAUCUUCGGCAUCUACAUCUACUACACAAAAGCAGUCUGAAGCACCAGAACAGAACUCAAACCCACAGGCUGAGCUAAAUGACCCUGCCCCAAUCAGCGGUACCCAACAAACCGGUGCUACAAAUGAACUCGAUACGUCUACUGAAGCUACAGAUGACCAGUCAGAGGUUUCAAGAGUUGAACUCCAAAACCCUGAGGUCAUGGAAGAAGUGUGUGUUCUUCCUUCUGUGGACAUGUCUAAGAGUGCUGAAUCUCCUAAAGAGGAUCAUGGGAUGUCAGAGGUUCAGCUGACUAAGACAGGGACCAGUCAGUCAGGACAGGGUGGCUCUGUGCUGUCUGAGCAAGCUACAGCAGCUCCUAAACCCAAGAAGGAUAAGCUGGCCAGAUUGCGCGAGCUGGGUUUGGAGCCUCCCCCUGUUGCAAAGCUGUGUGCAGAUGAUGGAGCUUUUGUACAGCUGGAGCCACAGCAGACUAACCCUGGUCUAGAGGCUUUAAAAGAACGUUUUCUAAAGCACGUCCAGCCUGCACCUCGGUCUAAAAGAGAGCGAUCGCUUCAUGUAAACGUGGUGAGAAAGGAACGCGCUGCCUCUGGACAGGAACAGCUGCGUUCUGAAUCCAUCACUGUCACAGUCAAUGAGGAGGAAGAGGAGCCUGUACACACUAAGCCAGGAGAGAAGCUGGUUUUACUGAAGUCUCGUCUGCAGCAGGCUAUGGCUAUUCGCCGCAAGGAAGAAAGAGAGCGCAGAGCUGCCCUUCAUCGCCUGGAUAAUGAAGAAUGUGAGGAGGAGGAGGAAGCGGAGAUGACUGAGUCUGAGGAGGAAGAGGGUAUUGAAGAUUUGUUGGGCGACGGAGAGGAGGCCAUCGAUGCUGAAAAUGACGAAGAGGAGGCAGAGGGAGCUGAAGUAGGCAAUGCAUUAAAACGAAGCGUCUCUCCCGGUUUUAAAAGUCCAUCUCCUACUCCAUACACUGAUGGCACUCUGAUGCUGUUUGCAGGAAGCUCCUGCUCCAGGACCGGGGAUGGUGUUAGGCAGUCUGGUCAAGCCAAUCACGAAAAUGACAGCAAAAUGGAAGACGACGAUGGCCUGUCCUUGAACAAGGACAACAGCCAUAACAGCAGCUUUGAACUGACGAGCUCCACACUCCCAUCAUACCAGCCAGUGAGCCGCACCACAGGCAAAGGGCUUUCGGCAGCUGUGUUCCGCUCACCCUCACCCUGCUUCUUCAGACCCAGUUUCCUCGGCUCAGCUUCCAAGAGCUCUGGUAAGCUUUCUGAGCCGUCCCUGACCCUCCCUGUGGAGGACUCGCAGGACCUGUAUGGUGUUCCCUCUCCUGAAGGUGGGGACUCUGAGGGCCCUUUCUCACAGGAAGAGGACACACAGUCUCAGCUGUUGGAUGCAGAUGGCUUUUUGAAUGUGGGACCCCGUGGUGGUCAGAGCCGCUCUCAUAAACGACAGCUGCUUUUAGAUAACCUGGAUGAAAACGCCAUGGAUGCCAACAUGGGUGAAUUACUGGGGCUCUGCUCGGGUGGCUUUGGCUCAGAGGCACCCAGGAGGAGUCAGCCAGGAGGUGAUGAUGAGCUGCUGGGCCUGUGCUCUGGAGCAUUCUCCACUCAGCACGGAGAAGCUGGCACACCCAAAGUGGAAAUUGGGGCUGUGGAGAUGAAUCGCACAGUCGGGGAGAGUCACGGGAGCUCAGACGCAGACAUGGACCAACUGCUUGCUCUCUGCUCUGGAAAGUUCACAGGCAGUCCUGCUACAUCUCCAGUGCAACCAGGUGCAAGCCCUGCUCUUGAAGAUGAGUCUGACAGUAAGAGCAAGGUGGAGGAAGAGGAGGACAAUUGUGAGUUUCGGCUCUUGUCGGAUGUUGACAGCAACAGUGAGAAGGAGGAGGAUGAGGAAGACUCUGAUGGUGAAGGAGAUUUAGGUGAUGAGGAGAAGGAUGCAGUAUUCAGGCGACAUCAAGGCAAAAAGAUACCCAAACCAAUGUUCAUGGACUCUGAGGCUGAGCUUUCAGGCAGCGAUGUCGGCAGUGACGAUGAAGAAGACGAGGAUGGUGAUGAAUACGAAGAAGAUGACAUACAGGAGCAACUUCCGUCGGAUGAUGAACUGAUGGACCAAGUUAACAAAAUCCAUAUGAAGCAGGUCCUAGAUGACGAUAAACGCAAAUUGCGCAUAUUUCAAGAGCGUUAUCUAGCCGAUGGAGAUCUGCACUCUGACGGACCCGGUCGAGAGCGCCGCUUCCGCUGGAGGAAUAUCGAUGAUAGCUUUGAGCUCGGGGUUGCUGCUGAGGAGGAAGAGGCAGAGGAAGACGUAGAUCAGCAUGAGCUGCAGAGGCAGAAGGAAAGGCUUGAGAGAGAGCAGUGGAUGCGAGAGCAGUCUGAAACAUCAAAGAAAGCAGCAGAAGCGGAAGAGGAGGAGGACAAGAUUGGAGAGGAGGAGAGUCAGUUCAUGAAGCUGGCUAAGAAACUAACGGCUAAGGCACUCCAGAAGAAAGAGACCUCUUCAGUGCUCGCGCAAGAGAAGCCAGUCUCUAACACCAACCCUUUUCAGAAGCCCUGUAAGCCUAUGGUGAGGACGGGAUCUUUGCUCAGUCAGCCACGAGCAGUGCUGCAGAAACUUGCCAACAUUUCAGAAGGCAACCCUCUAGCUCCACGGAACUCCAGAGGAUUCCUCUUCCAGACGUUGUCUCCAGAAAAGGAGCCACCUACAUCUGCCAGCUCAAAGAAACAGAUUAAGAAAAGAGCUCAGACAGACACUUCGGCACCGGUUGCAAAGCGACAAUGUAGAGAAAACUCUGUGAAAACCGGUGGCACUCCGAGAAGUAUUUUCAGUUUUUAUGAUAACUGAAGCUGCUUUGUGAUGUCUCAGUCCCUUAAAUUUGGCAACUUACUUGAUACGGUAUGGGUGUUGUACUCCAACAUGUGCAUUUAUUU